GCUCUUGCCACUCAUCGUUGACUGCACUCACCUCCUACGCUGGGCUUACGACGAUGGUGAGUCUCUUCGCUAGGGAAGGCUUGAAUGGACUCUAUUUUCCGCCACGGUGCCAUUACGGCAUCUGCGCGGGCUGAAUGGGCACAAUUGGACGAUUUGGGACCUGCCUUUGGGGCCUGGAUCAGUUUGAGCGGGAGUGGAUCAUCUUCAGGUCGUCGUGGGGAAUGGAAGUUCCCAGGUGAGUGCACCCUUUGUUCUUCUGCUGCGAUCCGCAUGAGCGUUCCUAUCCUCGAGGCUCACCAUCCCGCGCUCUUCGUUUGCGACGGUGCUCUCUCGCUCGCUGGUGCUGUGGACAGGAGGGGCGAUGGGAGGACAGGCUGUGGGGAGGAAGGCGGGGGCAUAGGGCCGGGACGCUGACGCGGUGAUUGGAACGCUGACGUUAUGGACGGCGGUGCCCGGGGGCGCGGCAAGGGAAUUGGCAAAUCGCUUUCGCGAGUCGAUAAAGAUAUCUUCCCCGUGGAUGCUUCUCUCUUCCGUCCCUCUUCUCGCAACAACCACUUCCCCUCCCCAUUUCCCCUCCCCACACACUCCCCCUCUCUUUCCCUACGACCACCACCAAAUAAUCUCUGCUCGCUGGUCGACUGGCCUUCUCCCACUACCAGUCUCUACAUUCAAUUAAUGCUAACGCUGUAUGGAUUCAUCCUCAUCAAACAAUUCUUUUAAUGUUCCUGCCUUCACGAACGUCCCCGCCGCCCACGUCCAACACUCAUACGGUACAAGAAUACGCAACAACUCCGUUAUAAAGCCUUCCGCUCGUCUUCGUCAGUCCCCCGCCCCUCCAGCACCGCCGCGCAAGAUUAGGCCAGCCAUUUCACUUCACAAGUCCGACGCUACGCCAGCCACAGAGCCAGCUCAAGAUGACACGUCCUUAUUUCCGUUCCCUCAUGUCAUCCUCCACAUAGAUGACUCGAGUAGCAAGGUUUUCCUUGCCAUUGGACGCGCUUUCAUGUCCGUGAACAACCGCGCUAUGACCAUCAAGGAUCUGUCGGAGAUGACCUUGAAGCACGGGCUAAUGUGCCAAAAUGUUUCCGCGGCUGGGCAAGCCAUCACCACAUACAUCCGCAAUCAUAUGAGUCGAUGCGAAGCGCAGCAAGACCUUCCCCUUCUCGCCCGUCACACCCUCUCAGGCUCUUCGUCAGACGAUGACCUCCUUCCGGCCCUUUACUCUCGCACCGGUGGCGCUCACUGCCCUCUACCCAAAGGAGAGACACGAAUGACUAAUUUCAGGAGAGGUACCCAGGUCUGGUAUCUUAGUCGUGCCUCUGGCGCCCCUUGUCCUUUUGCACGCGCCGGAAUUCGUCUUUGCGAAUAUAAUGAAAAUGGCAAAAUAGGAGCGCUCCCAGUCUCUUCGAGGGAACGGAAAAGGGAGAGGGAUAGAACACGUCGUCAGGAAAUGUGUGGACAGAAGCGGAAAAGGCCUUUGCGAGCUUGUGCGGAUGGCAGGGCGGAUGAGGGUUCGGAGAGUGCCAGUGAUACAGAAAAGAGGCCAUCGAAAGUAAAGUUGACCCUUCGUCUCAGACCGGGCUCUCUCACUCGCUCCCCCUCAAUCACUAUCUCGGCCUCCCCGUCACUUUCUCCGCCUCCCCCACCUCAACCAGCGACGUUACCUCCCCGAGAAAUCAUCGACCUCUCCCGCCAAUCCGAUUCUGACGAUGGUGACAGUGACGGCGACGAUGACGACGCCCAUGACGACGACGAGAUGUCACUCGACUCGGAGUCCUCGGAGUCGGAAGAGGAUUCGGACCAAGACGCCUCCAUGUCUUCAUCAUCCGAGUCCGAAUCUCCUGCCACUCAUACAUCCUUCCAGCCAGUCGCUGCAUUCCGCCGUUCCCCCUCACUCAUGUCCCUCGCAUCUCUUCCACCGGAUUCAGAGGACGAUGUCGACUACUUCGAAGCGAGGCCACCGAUGUGGUCUGCUCCAGACCGGCGCCGGAGCGUCUCCGUCUCCUGGGGAGAGCAGGACGAAGAAGACUUUGACUGGAGUGAUUCAGACGAUGAUGAUGAUGAGCCUCUAGGGCCUGCGGAGGAUAUAUACUCAGAUGCUCCGGACCAUCUGGACGAGGUACGCGUCAAGCAGGAGCAACAGGAAGAAGACAUUGUGGGAGGCACGUUGGAGGAGUAUGACCGCCUAGAUAUACGCCGCAAGCUCCUAAAGGUCGUCACCGAGGUCGCCAAGUCGGAAAUUAAGGACGGGUUGCAAGUCAAGGAUGAGGAGCAGGAUUGGUCCGACUUUGAUAGGCUCGGUGCUUUCAGUCCAUCGUUCGAUGACCGCCCUUCCCCAUUCGACCAUCCGUACAUCAAGGAGGAGGACCAUGAAGAGGCUUUCCUCGAGCCACUUCCUGCAGGAGACGCCGUAUCUUACGCCACGGUCCCUGACGAAGACGAGCAUAUCUGUGGUUCACCUUUGACGCCGCUCUCCGCCUUAUCUCCUGCCUCUGAGCCCGAUGGAAUGCGGUGGGCUUGCGAACGUAGGCCGAGCGAGCUCCUAUGGCAGGAUGUAGAAUUAUUGGGACCGGACAGCAUCUCGCCACAGGAUAUUGAUGCUGGCACAUGGGACAGCAAAGGACCACAGAGUCGUAGCGCCACCGCCUCCGCACCACGCUUCCAUCCGGACCCUUCAUUCGACUCUCUUCCAGUUGCGUACUCGCCCUCAGCGGACUCUGACGAUACUCAUGACGAUGCGCCACGCACGCCACCCCUUGUCUCACCAUCUUACUUGACUCUCAAGUCACCUUUCGUUCCGAUUUUAUCCACGCCUCGCUUCCGUCCUCGCGACACGUAUACUCCCUCCACCUUCGACGCCCCAGAUUCUUUGCGCUCAGAGUCGGUUGUAGUACACACGUGCGAACCGUGUACUCCGGGUAUCAGCGCCACGCAGUUCGAAGGCAUCUCUGUGUAUCAGAUGACUAUUGGCUCAACGUUGCUUCUCCGCCGCCUGGACACCGACUUCGUCAAUCUAGGCUCUAUCAUCAACCAUUUCAACAUUCCGGUUCCCCGGAUGGCAUCAAUCCCCAACGCGAUCACCAUCACGCACGGAUCUACGUUCGUCUGUGGGACCUGGGUGCCACUGGCGGAGGCUCGGGCUUUUGUGGCGGAGCAUUCUGUUUGUGGGGACGUUCUCGAUGUUUUCCUCUCGGACUCCCUGUCCGAACGUUUCCCUCCUGCACUCCAGGAGUUCCAUCGGUCUGGUGCUCGCGGAUGGCUGCUCACGCAGUUUGGGCCGUCCUUCCGCUCGUCAUUCGACGGUAGGGUGCCCUUCUCGCCACGAAAACGUGACGUACUACCGCAUGAUGACGGUCCGGCAUGGGAAUCUCCGCGUUACAAAACAGAAUCGUUCUUCAUUUCCUCGCCCAAGAAGUCCAAUUUCGAGGUCGAGUUCGAGGACGACUCGGUGAUGGAGACUCCCCUGAGCCCGACGGAGCAGGAGGUUUUCCAGACGCUUGUCGACUUCGCUGGAUGGGAAUCUUCUCCGACACCUCUGACGGCUCGUCCCCUUCCACAACCUUCCUCGGAACCUACGGAGAAUAUGAGCGAGAAAGUGCCGGAGAAAGUACGUGAGAAGAGCGCUAUUCGACGUCGAUCGCGGGACCGGGACCGCGCAGGGCUGCGUCGGUCGAUGAGGGUGGCGAAUGCUACGGCUCGUUCACGAACGCGUUCGUGCAGACGAGCGUGAGGGUUUAGGUUCUAUGUUUGGCCGCUGAGGGCCGUCAGCGCUUGCGCUACAUAUGCAACAUUAUGCUUACCAUGCCGCAAGUCUUCUUCUUUCCGUAUGCCGUACAGUAGACUGCUUUUUUUUUUCUGCCCGUCGUCUCCGCUUUGAACCCCGAACUUACAGUUGUAUCACGUACUUACAUUCUUCUUCGACUUUUUGCCCAUUUUUGUCUGAUGCUCUGCGCAUUCAAGGCGUCCGACGUUUCCCUCCGCUACAGUACUCUACACAUACGCUUCGGCUCUGCCUCUGCCGACGAUCAGGCAUACCCCAAUGCCGCAUGCCCGACUGGUCUUGUUCUCUUUUUUUUUUGCACGGGCAUGCGGAGGCGUUCGUAUAGCUUAGCUUACCCUACUUUACUUCCGAGACAUAUUGUUAUUUCGUGACGAAACGUUCC